AUGUCGCUUUUGUGGAGGUUUUUUCCCGAGCUCAAAGAUAUCGAAAGUGUCGAGAAUGGCAUUAAGAUUUUGCUGGUUUUGGAUGGUCUGGAUGAAUGUCGAAUCCACUUAGACUUUCAAAACACCAGGGCAUGCCAUGAUAUCAUGGAGUCAACAUCGAUGGAUGUCCUUCUGACAAAUCUAAUCAAAGGUAAUCUACUGCACAGAUCUCUCCUGUGGAUCACCUCUCGUCCGGCCGCGACCAAUCAGAUACCGUCUCAGUGUGUACAGCGGGUGACUGAAGUUAGAGGCUUCAACAACCCACAGAAAGAAGAGUACUUUCGCAAGAAGUGUAAGGACGAUCAUAUGGCCAACAUGAUGAUUAAAUACGUGAAGUCAUCUCGAAGCAUACACAUCAUGUGCCACAUCCCGAUCUUCUGCUGGAUUACGGCAACCGUCCUGGACGUACUGAUAAGAGACAACGAAAUCGGUGACUUUCCAAGAAAUCAGACUCACCUGUACAUACAUUAUCUACUCAUACAGGCAGGUUUGAAGAACAGGAAGUACCAGAAAGCCAUGAACGAAGAUCUGCGCGAGUUGACGCAGAGUGACAAAAGGAUGAUUUUGAACUUGGCGAAAUUAGCUUUCCAGGGGAUGGAGAAGAACACUCUGAUCUUCUAUGACGAUGACCUGAAGGACUGUGGGAUCGACAUCAACGAGGCAUCCGAGUUCUCCUCUCUGUGCACACAGCUGUUUAGAGAAGAGUUUGGAUUGUACAGAGAGCGGGUCUUCUGCUUCCUACACCUGAGUGUACAGGAGCAUCUGGCUGCCAUUCACGUCCUGUGCCGAUUUCUGAAAGAAGGCGUAAAUGUUCUUGCUUCACACGGCAGUGACUCCGCAGCGCAGAAGACGACGCUGACGGACGUACUCAAGAGCGCAGUGGUCAAGGCUUUAGGAAACAAGUGUGGGCAUUUUGACCAGUUUCUCCGAUUCCUUCUGGGCCUUAUUACCGAGCGUAGCAGGAAGCUCAUACAGGGUCUUUUGCCUCAGCUCCAAAAAGAAUCCCUUCAAAACGAUGAAAUUGUCCAAUUCAUUAAGGAUAAGAUCGGUGAGCAAGACAGAACAGAGACGCAGACGAUUAACCUUUUCCACUGCUUGAAUGAAAUGGGUCACAAUUGUGUGGUGAAGGAUAUCCAGGAGAGUUUGCAUUCUGGUACACUCCAUGAUAAGAAAUUAAACCCAGAGCAGUGUUCAGCCCUGGCCUUUGUACUAUUGAUGUCCGAGGAUGUAAUGGAAGUCUUCGACCUAAGGAAAUACAAGACGAUACGAGCAUCCAGUCGUCAAAGAUUACUCCCUAUCAUCAGGGCAUCGAAGCAGGCAAUACUCUGCGACUGUGAACUCUCAGAUAAAGCAUGUGAGAUCGUGGCAUCUGCACUCCGUAUAGCAAAUUCUCCCUUAAGAGAACUAGAUCUGAGUGUCAACAACAUAGAAGAUGCAGGACUGGUGGAUCUCUGCAAAGGGCUGCAAAGCCCACACUGUCAACUUGAGACAUUGAGACUUGCAGACUGCAAUAUUACAGACGAGUCCUGUGGAAGAUUAGCAUCUGCACUCCAGAGCGCCGAGUCCCACCUUCAAGAGUUAGACCUCUCUCGAAACAAACUGACCGACAGAGGGGUGAUGAUGCUCGAACCGUGGCUCAAAAGUGAGCGGUGUAAUGUGAAAAGGCUGAGGUUACAACAGUGCCACCUCACAAAGAGUUACUGCACGCACCUAGCUGCGUUGCUUUCAUCCUCCGCAAAGCAAAUGGAUCUGGAUCUGACAGGAAAUGACCUGCAAGAUUAAAAAAGGAUUGCACACGAUGCAAACGGAGGAAUUUCUUUUCUACCUGUGUACUAACCGAAUGCAGAGACCUUAUUCGGAUUGAACAGAUAAUGCGUUGUAAAUGCAAACGAGCACGGGUACAAAGAGUAGGUGGAGUAUUUUUUUUUUUUUUAAAUUCACAUAGUAAGCUUACCAGCCUUACACUAGUUUGUAUGCAUUGGGAUCCUGCAAGGAUUUUAAUUUUAUGUGCAGCAUUAAAGGGCAUAUUGCUGAAGCUUGUGGGCAGGGUUGCCAGGUUUCACAAAAUUCCCACUCUAAGCACAACCCAAAAACCGCAUAAAAACACGUGAUUUCACAAAAUAACAGGCAUGCGGUAUGAAAAGGUAACCUUGGCAACCUUGCUGACAGAGUAAAUACAUUUACAAUUCGCUAACAUGAUAAUAAUAGGAGACGCACUAUUACGUUUCAGCCUGAGCUAGUAGUGGAAAGUGCUUUGGAGUCUCUAUCAGAAACACAUCGUCAUGCUACAGUACACAGUUCACUAGGUCAGGGACUAAGCGUACCAUCGAAAGCAUUUUGUGAAAACCCAGUCGUUUAUAUUAUUAUAGACUUUUUUUUCGGUUUAAACGUCUUUCGAUGACCUUUCCUUGUAUUUUGAUACAUUAACUACAGUGCUGCUGGUAGUUUCAAAUAAAAACUCCUAUUAAACAGUGGUGUAACAGUGCUAGCAAUAACAAUGUCUGGAUCAACCAACAAAUUAGCACCAGAAUCACUAAACACAAAACAAAUAUUUGGAUAGAAAUAUAUUUAAUGUGUUUCAGGGUGGAGUUCUCUUUUUUUAUGAUCGAAAAUGUAUUUCAACUUUUCAGCUGUACUUUAAUCAGCUCUGGAUAUACAUAAAGUAGUAAAGGAAACACUUCCUGGCUUUUGGAUAUGCUUUUGUUUGAGAUGUUGGACUUGCACACGUGAUUGGUUUAGACAGAUGAGCUCCAGCCUGGGUUAAAUCUCAAUAUGGGUGUGUUUGAGUUUGUGUAUGAGUGUGUCUGAGGUAUAUAAACUACAGGGCAUAAGACAUGCCAUGCAAAACUAAAAGCCCUUACAGCCGUAAUAAAGCCACCAGUUUUUCCCUUUACUUUGUCACCCUCUGUAUGUUUUUUUUCCUUCUGUAUGCAUGUACAAUAAAUGAAAAAAACUGAG